CCCUUCACCCGUAUAGACAGGAGACUCUGGGUCCACCAAACAAUGCGGAGCCUGACACAGCGGAAGCCUGAAGGUGUCUGAGCACUAAGUGUCCCAGCCUUCACCUGUGCGCCUGUCACUGUCAGCUACCGCACAGCUUGUCCACCAGCGAUACAACACACGCAGAACUUUGCACUGUCCUGUCGGAUUACUGCGCCUGCGGAUUCACACGAUCCCUCAAGGUGAACAAUGAGGUCCAUUCUGAUGCUGACGGUCGCGACACUCCUCUUAGUAGCAGAAGAGGGCACAGCGAGGCGCAUGCCCCGUGUGAAGCGGCAGCUGAUCAGCCCCCUGCACCGCAGCGGCAUCCGCGACCCAUUCGGCUCCUACUGCGAGCUGAGGGGGGGCUGCUGCCCAGGCAGAGAUGACCAGUGCACAGUGCCGUACCUGGACACCAUCUGCUAUUGCGACCUCUUCUGCAACCGCACCGUGUCCGACUGCUGCCCUGACUUCUGGGGACACUGCCUUGGGAUCGAGGCCCCCAUCAUUGGUGCCUGUGAACGAAAUGGACACAAAUUCCACUCUGGGGCCACAUACAGAGAGAACUGCAACCUGUGUACGUGCGCGUCCACCGGCCGCUGGGAAUGCGAGGAACACGCCUGCCUGAUCGAGAACGACAUGAUCCAGCACAUUAACCGGGGGAAUUAUGGCUGGAGGGCAGGGAACUACAGCCAGUUCUGGGGCAUGACACUGGAUGAGGGAAUGCGGUACCGCCUUGGCACCCAGUGGCCGUCCCGGACUAUCAUGACCAUGAAUGAGAUCCAGGUGAAAAUGGACGGCACUGACCACCUCCCGCGCUACUUCAACGCCAGCCAGAACUGGCCCGGCAAAAUCCACGAGCCGCUGGAUCAGGGCAACUGUGCAGCUUCCUGGGCCUUCUCUACUGCGGCUGUAGCCUCCGACCGAAUCUCCAUCCAGUCCAUGGGUCACAUGACCCCUCAGCUGUCACCCCAGAACCUCAUUUCCUGCGACACUCGUAACCAGGGGGGCUGUGCGGGGGGCCGCAUCGACGGGGCCUGGUGGUACCUGCGCCGCAGGGGGAUAGUGACACAGGAGUGCUACCCAUUCUCACCGCCCCAGCACAUCCCCGCGGAGGUCAGCCGAUGCAUGAUGCACAGCCGAUCGGUGGGGCGGGGCAAACGCCAGGCCACCGCCCACUGCCCCAACACGUACAGUUACCAUAACGACAUCUACCAGUCCACACCCCCAUACCGGCUUGCCACCAGUGAGAAGGAGAUCAUGAAGGAGAUCAUGGAUAACGGACCAGUACAAGCCAUCAUGGAGGUGCACGAGGACUUUUUUGUCUACAAGUCUGGAAUCUACCAGCACAAAGAUGUCAACUCCCACAAGCCAGCGCACUUCCGCAAGCAUAACACGCACUCCGUCAGGAUCACAGGAUGGGGAGAGGAGACGGAUUACAAUGGGCACCCACAGAAGUACUGGAUUGCUGCCAACUCUUGGGGAAAGACCUGGGGUGAGAAUGGCUUCUUCCGCAUCGCACGUGGGAAGAACGAGUGCCAGAUCGAGGCCUUUGUGAUCGGCGUGUGGGGCCGUGUCACCAUGGAGGACAUGCACAACCACCACCAUUAGCGCCAACAGUACCCCCUGCUGGUCCGACCAUGGCGUUGCCAUCGCCACGCUCAGUGCAACAUUUAUGUGCACAUGCCUUACAGCUGCCCGUGCACAAUCUGCUGUCAAUCAACCUGACGACUUGAGGACUCACCAAUAAACUGCUCAGGAUUCACUCUGCCAAAGAUCACACACUUUUACCUUGUGGACACUUUUUUUUAAUUGUAUUACAAUCAAAGCAAAAACGGGCAACAAAACUCUUCCGACCUGAUCCUCUUUAGUGGGAGUCCCUGUAGUCUCCCCUUUUUAUUCUUGUUAUAUAUAUUUUUUUUCUUUUUUUGGGUUGUAGGCAGUAUGUAGGCUGGAGCUGAAAAGCCAGCAAGCAAACACUGUAGGAAGCAUCAGCAAGAACUAACCUGAACACUGUGUGUCAAUAGUACUCUGUGCGAGUCGCCUAAGGCCUUAACAUUUGCUCACUGUUUGUUCAUAACUCAUUCACUGGAUUUCUCCCUGUCGCUCCAUGACACCUACUGGCCAAAACAUUAGUACGUUACAUUCCAGCUGUGCAGAUACAGAUUUUGGAGGACUGUAUCCUAUCAGAUGGCAAGCGUACGGAUCUAAAAUCCAAUAGGCAGCCCUAACCCAUAUGCCGGCUCUCAUUUCAGAAUGUCCAUCUCAGCAAAAUACAUGCAGACAUUUGCAUAUUGGUCCAUUAAUGCGUCAACCAAGGAAUUGUGGCACUAAACAUUGCACCACUAAAACAACUUAAUUCAUAAGACACUCCUAAUAUAAAUAUAUUGAUAUUUGAUAGCAUUUGUGCUUUAGAAAUGUGUCUGUGGACAGAAGAUAGAUGAUUAUGCCUAAAAUAUAUGUUUUCUAUAUUGGGGUUGCCAACAUUAACUCGCAUGUAACGUUGAUCCAAUUUUUAAAAUUCUGACUGCUGUAUUACACACAGACAUGCACAGUUAUCUGUACUGCACAAUGAAAUAAGAACAUACAGAAUAUAUCAUUUCUAAUGCAAGCAUACAAAUAUUUAUGAAAUAUAAUAUUAUUUAUAUACUCCAUGAUCCUGCCCAGAGUAAUCACCUGGAAGAUGGAUGGAUGGAUGGAUGGAUGGAUGGAUGGGAUAUUAUUUUUGUCACCACUAGAAAAAUGGACAAAUUAACUAAAGCUGGUCCGAGAUGAAAACCUGUUAGUGGCGCAUAAACACCAGUAUCAGUGCAUUUAAUCUGCCUUCCGGAAAGCUCCUCCUUUGUAACUCUAAAGGUGCUUUUACUGCAAAAACAAAUUUGGACUUUUUUUUCUGAUCUACGCCACCUUCUGCUUGAGUAGCACUACCUGUUAAGAUGCCUUCAUAUCUAAGCCAGACCUUGUAGGUCUGUCUGCCUAGAUGCCACACAAGAAUAAUCUCUGGGUUUGGCUUCCAGAGGUCGAAGUUUAAAUGCUAUUGUAUUACAGCCUUAAUAUAUUUAUUUGUCUAUA